AAGCGGCUCGUGAGGGGACCGGGAGCGGAGCCGGGACCGGGAUCGGGAAUCGCGACCGGCACCGGGAGCCGCAGCCAUGAACAUCCGGAACGCGCGGCCCGAGGACCUGAUGAACAUGCAGCACUGCAACCUGCUCUGCCUGCCCGAGAACUACCAGAUGAAAUAUUACUUCUACCACGGCCUCUCCUGGCCCCAGCUCUCGUACAUCGCCGAGGACGAGAACGGGAAGAUCGUGGGAUACGUCCUGGCCAAGAUGGAGGAGGAUCCCGAUGACGUCCCACACGGGCACAUCACAUCCCUGGCGGUGAAACGCUCGCACCGGCGCCUGGGGCUGGCACAGAAGCUCAUGGACCAGGCGUCGCGGGCCAUGAUCGAGAACUUCAACGCCAAAUACGUGUCCCUGCACGUCCGCAAGAGCAACCGGGCGGCGCUGCACCUCUACUCCAACACCCUCAACUUCCAGAUCAGCGAGGUGGAGCCCAAGUACUACGCGGACGGGGAGGACGCCUACGCCAUGAAACGGGACCUGACCCAAAUGGCCGAUGAGCUGAGGAAGCAGGUGGAGCAGAAGGAGCGGGGCCGGCCCCCAGCCCCCGCCGAGUCCCCCCGGAGUGGGGAUGGGGUCUGCGGCUCGGGGGGGCCCCCCCCGCACCCCCCCCCGGGGCCCCACCACGAGGACGGGGGGGGCGACAGCAAAGACGUCAGCGAGGUCAGCGAGACCACCGAGAGCACGGACGUCAAGGACAGCUCCGAGGCCUCCGACUCCGCCUCAUAGCGACCCCCGGGAGCCCCCCCAGAUCCCCGGGCCCCCCCCGGGCCCCGCUGGU